AUGAUCCUGUGCGUGGUUGUCUUGGCAUUAUCGAAGCUAUACAAGCAAUACCUCAAGGGAAUGGCUUUGCAUGUGUCGCUUGAGAACCCGCUCUCAUGGGCUACAGCAGCGGCAUUCCUCAGCUCUCACAGACUUGUCGACUCUCUGGCCUUCCGUUUUACCGCCAAAGCUUUUCGCGCUUUCCCCAAGGCACUUACGACGUCGUUCCGAGAUCGUUCCAACCAGCAAGCUUUUCACAAAGUUGUUACUUUUCGUACUGCAUCAGUCUCAGCCUCCGAUGAUGUCUUCACUUGGGACGACGUUGUUACGAUAUCCAAACCGGUUCAGAUCACAAGGGCUACUCGGAAAAGAUCAAAAUCUGCAAUCGCGCUUUCCUUGGGAUCGCACUCUGAGUUCCUUCCCUUUGUAAUUGAACACCAUUCACAAAGGAAAAUUCAAACUCUAAUGGCGGUUGCAUUCAUCGCUGAGCACAGGACGAGAGCUGUGGGAGAUGUAAUCAAAAGCUUAGGGGAAGAACAUAGUCCAGUGCCUCGACAUGGAGGUUCUGUGAAAGGGCUUGAUAAUGAGGAUCAUGACCAUACUUCAUUAGGAUAG